AUCUGUCAGCAAAAGGAAACCAAAGCUGUGACCUCACUUCCACACUCACACAUUGACAAACACUCACUGACACACACUCACUGCGCACUGAGGAGCACAUUGGCUCAAUAUGGGAUCCUGAGACAUCUGGACUGGGUUUGGAGGUAUCAAGGUGCCAUGGAUUGUUCUAUCAAGGAGGCUCUUUCUGUGGUCAGCGAAGAUCACACUCUGUUCCCAACUCAACUACUGAAGACAGAGAUGCCAGAUGACUACUCACCCAGCAUUAAAGAACGAGGGAGCUUAUCGGAGCACCCAUGGGUGUCAGGCAACGAGCGACAUCAUAAUAUCAAACAGGAGGAUGAGGAGAUGUCUGGAAACAGGGUCCCCGGUGGAACAGAUAAAUCCGGCAGCGAAGGAUCUCAGAACAACUACCAACCCAGCUACCCCGACACAACAAGCAACAGCCCCCGAUCCCCAAAUGGAAUCAACGGGAAUGAAGAGAAGAGGGUGAUCGUCCCAGCAGACCCGUUAGCGUGGACUCCGGAGCAUGUGGCUCAGUGGUUGGACUGGGCUGUGAAGGAAUACGGACUUUGUGAUGUGAGCACGUCGUUAAUGCACGGUGUCGACGGGAAGGAACUUUGCCGAAUGACCCGAGAUGACUUCCUCAGGCUAGCUUCCCCUUACAGCACCGACAUGUUGAUGUCCCAUUUGGCGUACCUACGACAAAACAGCCCAACGUUCACAUAUUCUGUGGUUCCCGCCAUACAAACACCUCAAGUGACCCCACGUGCUCAGGUGAAGACAGAACCCGUGUAUGAAGACAUGCGAAGGGUGACCUGGAACACGACAAACAGCUCCAUCCACAGAGUUUCUCCUCCGCAGACGCCCGGACUCACAAGCACAGGGGGCACAAUACGUAGUAACCAAGACCCCUAUCAGGUUUUGGGACCGACGAGCAGCCGGCUUGCAAAUCCUGGCAGCGGUCAGAUUCAGCUUUGGCAGUUCCUCCUGGAGCUUCUGUCAGACAGCGGGAACUCCGGCUGCAUCGCCUGGGAAGGGGUCAACGGGGAAUUCAAGAUGACGGACCCCGACGAGGUGGCCCGGCGCUGGGGGGAGCGCAAGAGCAAACCCAACAUGAACUAUGACAAGCUGAGCCGGGCGCUGCGCUACUACUACGACAAGAACAUCAUGAGCAAGGUGCACGGCAAGCGAUACGCCUACAAGUUCGACUUCCAAGGGAUCCAGGUGGUCCAGCAGUCUCACAGCAACGACCCCGCCGUCUGCAAAUACCCCGACGGAGGGUAUUACUCACCCCAACCCAAACAAGCAAUGCCUCUACCUCCCCAUCACACGCAGUCCCCUAACCUCUCCACCAUCAUACCCAUGCAGUACUUCAGCUCAACAGCUGGCGGGGGACUCUACUCAGGCCAGGGGGUAACAAGGCAACAUGGGGGGCAACUGGGGCCACACCUUGGAUCAUACUAUUAAAAGGAAAGGGGGGGCAGAAAAGAGAGGCCACUCAGGAAGGGAUACGGAGUUGGAUUAAGGCCGGGCCCUCGAUAGGGUCCUGAAUUCCAUCUCCCCCCCAACCAUGACACUCAAGGCAGCAGAGACGGCAUUAAGCCCGCACUUUUUGGGUCACUUUGCUGGGGUCAAUUAAGUGGCCCGUGGGCACGAGACUCGGGACAUCAUUGACUCCUAGGAGGCUUUUACUGAAACGUCUGCCCCCGGGCCCUGCAGCCCGGCCUUAAUUGCCCCAAACAUGCAAGAAAAAAAGGGGGGGCUAUUAAAGAAAAACAGACUUUUAUGGAACAAAAACCAUGUGGAUUUGCGCAUUAAUCAGACUUUUCCAGAGAGACUCCUCGCGGGAAGCGAUGCGGCGGCCAAGAGAUGAGCCGAAUGGGGAUCCAGUACCGGAGACAGGGGGAAGGGGGGGCAAUGUCUCUCCUGUUUUUUGUUAUUUCUAUAAUUUUUUUUAAUAAGUGCAUUUAUUAAACGAAUUGCGGCAUUGCGUUCC